UCCUAUUUGUAUAAUACUGGCAGUAACUAAUAAUAGUAUAUCAUAACUGGCCAUUAACGCGAGUCAUAGACCUUGAAUUGAAAUAGGAAUAGUAAGGAAAAGGCAAUCGAUUAUGGAAAAAGAAGACGUCGAAAUAUCUCUACAGAAAUGGCUCAAACCGGAAGUGUUGCCAGUAAAUUACAAACCUUCCCAGAAGAAAACAUUGAUAUGUUUGCUGCUACUAGCGUGUUACAACAACAAGCGGCAGAAAUAAGAAAUUUAAAAUUAAAUUGGGCGUCUUAUUUGAAGUCACAAAUUAUAUCGCAAGAAGUGUUCAAUUUUAUUAGUACCUACGACGCUAGUAGAAAUAGAGGCCAAAUUUUAAAUAAUAACCGUGCACAAGCAGCUGAAGCGUUCUUUGGUUUGUUAGAACAUAUAUCUAAAGAAUCGACUAUACAAUAUGUGCUCGUUUUGAUUGAUGAUUUACUUACAGAAGACAAUUCAGGAGCAGAAAUAUUUUACGAAUAUGCUCUGCGGAGAAAUGAACCGGUGUGUAAGAACUUUUUGAACUUGUUGAAUGCUGCUGAUGGUUUUAUUAACAAUAUGUCAGCACGUAUAUUAGCUAAAGUUGCUUGCUACUCGACGGAUUACAUUAGUAAAACUGAUCUCCAGUUUUAUUUGAACUGGAUUAAGGAGCAGCUGUUGUCGACUAAUAAUGAGUACAUGCAAUCGGUUGCGCGUUGUUUACAAAUGUUGUUACGCCGUGAUGAAUACAGAACUGAGUUUAUUUCAGUUGAUGGCAUGCCGGCUGUGAUAAGUGUAUUGUCUGGACGGGUUAACUUCCAGAUACAAUAUCAAUUGAUCUUCUGUGUUUGGGUCAUGACGUUCAAUCCUCGUUUGGCUGGACAAAUAAACGAAUUUAAUGUUAUUCCGAUAUUGGCAGACAUUUUAGGAGAUUCUGCCAAAGAGAAGGUCACCAGAAUUAUUCUUGCGGUUUUCAGAAACCUACUAGAAAAGCCGGAGGACAGCUCUACUUCCAAAGAACAUUGUAGCGUUAUGGUCCAAUGUGAAGUAUUAAAACAACUGAGUAUUCUUGAACAGAGAAAUUUUAAUGACGAGGACAUAGUUGAGGACAUUCAGUUCUUGAACGAGCGACUCCAAGCCUCGGUAAAAGAUUUGAGCUCAUUUGAUGAAUAUGCCACUGAAGUAAAAUCUGGCCGUUUAAAAUGGAGUCCCGUUCAUAGAUCUACACAGUUCUGGCGUGAAAAUGCAUCGCGUCUCAAUGAACGGAAUUAUGAACUGUUGCGCAAUUUAGUAAAUUUGUUAGAAACGAGCCGAGAUCCAUUGGUUUUAAGUGUAGCUAGCUUUGACAUUGGCGAGUAUGUCCGUCAUUAUCCUCGUGGAAAACAUGUAGUUGAACAACUCGGAGGAAAACAACUCGUGAUGCAGCUGUUGUCUCAUGAGGAUGCCGAUGUGCGUUUCGAAGCUUUAUUGGCUGUUCAAAAGCUUAUGGUUCAUAAUUGGGAAUACCUUGGACGUCAGUUAGAAAAAGAACAAAGUACCGGAAAGACUUAAAAAUCUAACAUGUUCUUUAAUGCCGUGUGUUCAUAUAAACUUGAC